AUGUUCUUCAAAAAUGUGUUAAUGCUUUUGGUGGUGGUGAUUGCUGCAGUGAAAGCACAGAAUACCACAAAUAACAUCACAGCCAUACGCAUUGAUGACUACAUUGCUGCCAAUAAGCGCAAUUAUGAGAACAACGUGAAAGAAUAUGACUUCAAAUUGCAAGCAUUCGAAGAACUUUACAAUGGGCGUCUUAAUACCAUCGAUGUUCAAAAGGACUUCAUGAUUGAUUCUCUGAAGCUGACCAACGAACGUUUGAGUACAUUGGAAUUUUUGAGCGAUUAUAGUAAAAAUUGUGUUGCCAAAUAUCAAACCACUUUGCCCACGGAAUACAAUGUUACAGUGACGCUGCAAAAUUGCACUGCAUCGGCUAAAAGUUAUUACAAUACUUUGGUGACGGAUGCUCGUACUACACGCAACAGUUUGGAAUAUUAUUAUGAUGUAACUCUAAAUAAUGAAUUGAAGAAAUGUGACAAUAUUGUGAAUAAGACAUCGCAGGCAAAUUACACACUUUGUGUUACCAAUGUGAUCGAAAAUGCCAAUGUCUAUACAAUUGAGAAUCGCAAAGCAUUUAAUAGUCAAAUGGAAACGGCCAACUGUGCAGCCAAUGGUCAAGUCCACAAGGCAUUGGAUUGUAGUUUUACGGCCCAAAGCAAUACCUUCCAACUGAUGUCGACCGUUAACAUUCAAAUCGAUAUGUGUAUUCAGGGUACCAAUUCUACAGCCUGCAGUGGAUACUAUUGCCAAAAUGUUGAACGUAUUCCGGCUAAUUCCAUAAAUCCGAAAAAUCAGACCAUGACAAAUCCCUUCUUUGGCCGUAAUGAGACACUUAGCUGUUUGAUGUUGGAUAUCGUUUAA